ACAUUUCGUAGGAGUAUGGUGAUGUAAGUGUAUACGAACAUACACUAGCCAUAUAUCGACAUUUUGCUAGUUUGAAAGCCCUUGUACAUAUAGGCAUGUCAAAUGUCAUUCCGUCGUGACGGACACAUCUCUUUACAUGUAGAUACAUGUCUUCUGUAGAAAUGCACGGGUCUUAACGAUCUCUAUCAAAGCCUUUAUAUCAUUGCUGGUACGAGAUACAUGUGAUGUGGUCCUUGUCUUAUCCUGUUCGCCACACGUGUUUUUUUUUCUUACGAGACCUUCAACUUCUAGGGAAUAUCUGAUCCGGGAAAGAAACGUGAACCAGAAACAAGUAUUUCUACGAACCACAUCAUUAAGAAUACGGGAAUACACAUGUUUAGUUGAUAUAACCAGUGAUCUUUGCUCUGCGAGGCCGAAAUGUUUCAAGUCGUUAUCCUAUAAUUACUCAUUGUGUCUACGUUAGGGGGAACUUGGUUAUAUAUAAGAAUAGACGAGGUCUAGCCGUAUAACAUUACCUGUACCUGGUAAGCUAUAAUGAACUCGCCACCAAAGACAGUGCUCGUGACGGGUUCCAAUAGAGGACUUGGUCUCGAAUUCGUCAGACAACUGGCUAGUUUACCAUCAUCGCCAUCAUGUAUUAUAGCUACAUGCCGGAAACCAGACAACGCUGUGGCUUUGAAGAAAAUAGCCACUAAAAAUCCAUCCAUACAUAUUUUACAGCUUGACGUGACCGACAGAGAAAACGUUGGGAGAGUAAAAGAACAAGUGGGCCUCAUUUUACAGGGGCGGGGACUUAACCUGCUCCUCAACAAUGCUGGCGUAGGACCUGGAGGUGACCUCUAUGACGUGACAGAGGACAUAAUGAUGCAAACUUUCAAGACAAACGUGGUAGCACCACUACUCGUUACACAAGCACUUCUCCCGUUCUUAAAAACAGCGGCGAAGACAACGGAGGGUGUUGGAUUAUCAUGGCGGAAGUCUGCAGUUGUGAAUAUCUCAAGUCGACUGGCGUCCAUAGAAACCAAUGAUGAAUAUUUAUUGGGCCGAUAUCCGUAUAAAACGUCAAAGGCCGCUCUGAACAUGGUGUCUAAAAACCUGAGCGUUGAUCUCCGGGAGGACGGAGUCUUGGCUGUCAGUCUGUCCCCAGGGUCAGUUCGUACUGACAUGGGUGUGGCCUCGGCGCCUCUCCUCCCUCACCAGAGUGUAGAGAUGAUGUUACAUGUCUUAGCUGGACUAAAUGAUCAGGACAGUGGUACAUUUCUUAAUUUUACAGGGGACCUUAUUCCAUGGUAACUCUUGUGUAGUUUAACUGUCAGAACAGUUUUGAAAAUUUCAAGAGAUCGAAUAUAUUUGGAAAGGUGCACAUGCAAAUAUAAUUUAUUGCUGUUCAAUGCACGACACAACUUAAAAAGUAUUUAUUUAACAGAUUGAAAAAACGACAAAAAACACAUAUAAAGUGUUGUGUAAAAGUAGGAUGAAAUACAAAUAAAAGAAGCAGGUAAUAUAAGCUAUACGUAGUUCGGAAGUAAAUUGGUACAGAAUCGAAACAAUAAACAUGGUCAGUUGACCAAUGUUUGUUGGAAACCAUACACAGUACCGGACCAUUACACUAGAUUGCCGUCUCAAAAUCGAGAUUGAAAAACAAUAGAGGAUACUGAAGUACUAACAAAGCCAUAAUGCUAACUCUAAAUCGAUAAAACUAAGACGCAAUAUAAACUUAAAAAACAUUUACAUGCCUUGAUGGAAAGCCUUGAAAUAGAAACAGGAUAAUAAGACCAGAUUUUUAAAAGGAUAAGCGUCGUCUGCUUCAACUAAGACGACGACAAGACACAUACAUGAGCAUAAUCAGAAUCAUCGACCUUCAUAUUACAAACAAAAUGGAAUAUUUCCAUAAGAGAUCAUCAUAGUGACCAAAAGACUUUUCUAUACUCUUUUUAUCAUCAUCGUCUUUAGAAACCAUGUUUUGUAAGUUUUGUCCGUCAGCAGUCGAAAUCUAUCACGGAAAUCAUGGUAUUCAGAUCACGCUCUUAAGUAAGUAGGAAUUGUAGGGAUGUUGCUAUCAAGAAAAGGAAAGCUUACGAUCGGAAAAUCAUAUAUUGCAGGAAUGAUAUAGUACUUGGAGCAAGCUCCUGAAUACCGAAUCAACUGCGACCUAUAAAAAAAAAAUGGGGAAGUAGGGACAUUGAUAUCAAGAAAGAACACAGUGAAAUCGUACAGCUCAGUAGUGGGCUGUCCCUGUUGGUCAUGUUGUAAGUCAGAUCGAGAAAAAAACGUCUUUAGUGUCCUUGAUUUCAAGCUCUGGAAGGUUUAUGCGAUCGACGUGGUCGAUCAGGGUUUUUGUUAUUGAAAAACUGCAUAUCGUCGAUAUAUUUGAAUGUAAAAUUGAAUGACUUUGCUAGAUAUUUUUUUUUUUUUUUGCUUCCAGUCAUGAUUGGCUCAUCAAUGAAUUCAGUCUCAUAUAUAAAAAUUAUAUCGGCCAGAAGAAGGGCACACUUUACUCCCAUAGGAAGCUUACAGUCUGCUGGAAAACCUUGCCACCAAACUCAACAAAGACAUUAUCACACAGGAACUCAAUCAUUCUCUGAAUUUAAUCCUCAAAUAAACAAUAUCAUCCGGUUUAUAUGUGCUACAAUAACAUCGAAUGACUUUGUUCUUCGUUAUCUCAUAUUUUUAUAUAUAAUUACGAAGGUCUGAUAUAACCAGUUUACUGGUGAAAUGUCUAAGAAUAUCAAAAUACUUGUUAGAGGUACUUUUUAAUAUUAUCCUCCUAUCACAGAAUAUAUGUUUUUUAAUAAGUAAUUUUUAAUAACAUAUUCUCUUGUCAAUUUUUAUGACUGAAGUAUUAAAUUUGACAUCUGUUCCAAAACCACAGAUGCGUCACGAAAAAAGGCACAUAUCUUGAAUUCUUCGUGCACAAAUAGGUGUGAGGGCGCGGAUUGGUUUUGACGUGCGCAAAGUUAUAAGUUAUAUCGAGAAAUUGAUAGCAGGAUUUGCAUUAAAUUUGAUACCCAAAAUUACGUUUCCUUUCUUUCAUUUAUAUUUAAGACGUCUCGUUAUGAUACCUUUACUCAGUAGUCUAAUGUAAAGGCAUGUUUCUGACAUUCCUGACAUUAAGUUAUAUUAACUACUUGAUAAUGUUAUACACCAUGGUCGUCGUCACUAAUAUCCUCCUCCUCCUCCUCAUCAUCAUCAUCAUCAGCAGCAGCAGCAGCAGCAGCAUCAACAACAACAACAUUGUCAACGACAACAUAAUAUAUACACUUCGAGGUAUUUCAACGUUAUUUUAAUAAUUCCAUUCUGCAUGAUAUGCUCAUAAUUGUAUCAUUCGCAAAUUAUGUAUUAAUAACUGAUAUAACUACAUCCAGCAUAGUAUAGUACAUGGAUAACCUUUUUUUGUCUCGUACUUCUACUGUAAAGCUUCAUAUAUACAUAUAUGCCUAGCUUACGAAGGUCUGUUAUAUUGUCAACAUGUAAAAGUUGCGCAAUGUUAUUCAUAUAUAGCUUUUGUCGAGUAAAAGUCUUUAUCACAUGCCUAUGCAAUAUUACGAUAGUAAUACAUCAUUUUGUCAGGUGUGUUUUCUGUCUGCUUGUAUCCCACAUGUGCGAUACAAGAUCCUGUAUCACCACAGUAGCUGGAACUACUUUUUAGGGGAAUUCCCUCUACUGACACCGCUAAAAAUAUAUCUCAGAAUUAUCAAAAAAAAAAAAAAAAUUAUACAAAGAAAGUAUUAAAUAAAAAUAAAAGAAAUACAUUAUCAUAAAAAAACAUUUUUUUAAAUAAAACACAUGUUUCUUAUAAAAAAAAUCCUGGCAUUGCGUCGACCUGUGUGCCGAUGGAAAACGACAAAAAGAGGAAAUACAUAAAAUGUGCAUUUAGUCAUAUCAGAUAAAAUUCCUAAUUACCAAGGGUUAAGUCAUGUGAUAAAAGCAAAACCACACAUAUGUGUUGUUUGGCCUAUUUAUUUGCUUGAAUCUCUAAAAUCAUGGCAAUUUUAAAUAUAUAAAUAAAAUGAUACCCUUCUUCUUUACCUGAGUUACAAUUGUUAUCGUUUUCUCAAUAAAUUAUUGCAUCCUAGUUACGUGCUGACAAACGUGAUUCAGAUAAAAAGAAUUGAUAUUUCAUAGACAUAUAUUUUAUCAAAUAGUACUGCAAGGAAAAGUGAUUUUACUAAAUUCUUAUACAGGAUACUGUUGGUUGAGGAUAAAAAAAGUCGUCGCUUUAUUAGUUACGAAAAACGGUUUAUGUUUUUCAGUUUAGUGCUGUGUCCAUACAUUUCCGAAGUUCAGAGAAAAUAAAAUUUGCAUAACAGUAUCCCCGAUUAAUGAUCCCUGCUCACUGCUCUGUAGUAUUUUCUGUAUCCAUUAACCUCCCCUUAACCUCCGCGUGUAUAUACGUCCACUGACCAGAUAGUUCACUCGGUUAGACAUCCUCGAUUUCCAGGUGUUACGCUCACUGAGUCGAGAAAACAAGUUUGAUCCUUUGAUGUACAUCAAAAUAAUAUCGCGGUCGCGUAACGGUAAAACUUUUGAAGUCAGGCGUCGCUGCUCUGUAAUCUUCCAAGGACAAGUAUCAACCUAGUAAUUGGUCAGGGUUUCAACCUGACACCAAUCAAAUAGCUAGCCGCGGGCCUUCAAUUUUGCUUUGACAUAUUCCAGAGGUGCAGAGAUCGAAAGUUAGCGUUACCCCUGGAUAUCGAGUGGUCACGUGACCGGACAGGAUGUACUAUUAACCCCUUUCGGCAAAAGUCACCCAGCGCUCCAUUCAAUCUAUUUUGAAAUACGAGCACUAAAACCAAAAGCGGAGGUGUAAAAUGCAUAAAGACUACCAAUUGUUGUCAGCAAGUGUCAAUUUGCGGCCGGUUAUUUAUUUAUAAAGAAAGAGCAUUUCUUUUGGAGAAGUGUCACCUCAUAUUGCGUGACCAUAAGGUUGUCUGAAACGGGUGAUAUUGAAAUUGUUAUUGUGUAUACUGAUGUAUCCAGUGCGCCAGGCCCGAAUUAUAUGUAUUAGAUGUAUAAGGAGUCCUAAUGUCCUGACUUUAAUUUCUUUUUGACAUUUAUCAUUUUAAUUAUUAACUAUACUGUCAGUCCUAAUACUUACAUUUAUCACUUUAAUUAUUAACUAUACAGUCAGCCAUAAUACUUACAUUUAUCAUUUUAGUUAUUAACUAAACUGUCAGUCCUAAUACUUUCAUUUAUCACUCUAAUUAUUAACUAUACAGUCAGCCCUAAUACUUACAUUUAUCAUUUUAAUUAUUAACUAUACUGUCAGUCCUAAUACUUACAUUUAUCACUUUAAUUAUUACCUAUACUGUCAGUGUUACGCUCACUGAGUCGAGAAAACUAGUUUGAUCCUUUGAUGUACAUCAAAAUAAUACCGCGGUCGCGUAACGGUAAAACUUACUGGUUUUAAGUCGGGCGUCGCUGCUCUGUAAUCUUCAAAGGACAAGUAUCAACCUAGUAAUUGGUCAGGGUUUUCAACCUGACACCAAUCAAAUAGCUAGCCGCAGGCCUUCAAUUUUGCUUUGACAUAUUCCAGAGGUGCAGAGAGCGAAAAUUAGCGUUACCCCUGGAUAUCGAGGAUGUCGGAUAGAGAGCGAUAGUAAAGCAAUCUGAAUUCCAGGGUUCGAAUCCGUGUAAAGCUCUGAUUAAUUUUACACUACGAACACUGUUGUAGAUAAUAUCUUAUUUAGUUCAUCUUUAUCACCUCUCAUACAUGUCCCGCAAGUUACGGUUUUCUUUUCGGAAAUGAUUCAUCAGAGGUAUAGUCAUAGCCGAAAAAUAUAGUUUCCAGUACUUCGUUACAGUUUUUGGCAAUGGUUCCGGGAUCCCGAAAGCAAUGAGCUAUAUUAAUAUGUAUGUCCAUUAUUUUUAACCAGUAUUUAAUCAAUCUAUAAUUCAUGAUACAUUCUACGGGUACCGUCCAAAUUAAAAAUCCAUCACUGCAUCACACUCAGUCGUCUUACAUUUUAGAACACUCUUGCAGAGAUGUCCAUUUUCGAUAUCGAAAUCUUUUGAAGAUUCCCAAUCUUCGUAUACCUUAUUCAUUGUACUACAAACGUAAGUGUCCAGUAGAUGAAGCGAUGUAGCAAUGAAGACUUAAAAUAUAGAAAAAUUAAAAACUAAGGCGACAUAAACGUACGACUUUGGACAGCAAUCUACCUCUGUAUAAAAUUAAAUAUGUUAUCAAGUUAAAAUUUCACGAACAAAUUUAUGAAAUCGUGUUAAUUUUCCAAUUCAUUAUUGUCAUAGAUCCAGGUUUCAUUAUUUUUAACACAAUCCCCAUUUCUGAAAUAUCUAGGGGGUUCUCUGAGUUCAUUGUUAUUUUCCAUUUUGUAAACAAAAAGGCUAUCCAAAGGAAUCUGCAAGCCCUUAGCGGAUUCUUAAAAAAUAACCAAAUCGUCUGUGUGUACAUGAAUAGAAAUCGAUAUAAUGAGUUAAUGUACAUUUUGUUCACCAAAACCCUAAUCUGUUGCAUCGGUUUUAACAAAGGAAAUAUCAAAUCAUGAACAAAGAGUGAAAACAGAAAUGGUGAUUAACAUUCCCCUUGUAUUAAUCCCACAUUAUUAUAAAAGGAACCUCAUACCACUGCCAUACUGUAAAUAAGUACGAAAAAUAAUUUUGAUAAAAUAAACAAUAUAUAAUCAACAGUAGUGUUAAGAGUGUGAAAAUUGAGUCGGUAUAGACGGAGAUUCGAACCCUGGACUUCUGAUUGUAAUACUCUCGCUUUAACUGAGUGAGCUACCUGGUCAACGGAUGUACCUGACCCAACUUUUUCUACAGAUAAUAUCCAAACAAAAGUUAAUGGGAGGUUAUUGUAAAUAGGAAAAACCACGGUGCAUACUUUAACAGCUUGUCCCAUAAAUUAUCUACAAAGUCAAACGACAAACAGGAAUAUACAAAGCAUCAUUACAAUGUGCCUAUACGUGUUGACGUUUGGCUUAAAAGUCCUCAGUCGUAAAAACUCAAAAUCGACAGAACUAAGUCAAGAUAUGGACAAAGGAAAUAUUUAUAUGGAGACCAUUGACAGAUACAAGGAUGAUAAGAACAAGUGUCCCGGAAGGGUAAGCGUCUUCUGCUUCAUAGAUGACACCCGCAAUGUAAAUCUAAGUCGAAUUCAAUAAAUGUUUAACAAAUAAUUCAUAAUAGUGACAAUGGUUAAUGAUUUAGUCUUUAUUUGCUGUACCCUUUAUCCCCAUUUGUGCAAUUAAAUUAAUAUGUUAAAAUUAAAAUUAGAAAAGAAAAAGAAAAAAAUCAAAUAGAAUGCUUACCACACACGUCUUCGUAUGUUAAUUUUUUGAAACAUUAGACGGAUAGGAACGUUAUUGUUAUGUAUCAUGAAUGUGUAAUUGUUUAGUGAGUGACAGAUAUAAUUACUACAAGGUUGUAAUAGGUCAUUUUAACGUCCUGUUUUGACAAAUGUGUAUUAGCUUAACAUAACACUUCAGUACUGUUAGGCUGAUUCGUGUGUACUUAUGCUUGACAUUAGUGUCACUAUUAACUUUUAUGUAAUAUUGUUUAUUUGGCUCUUAUAUAAUGUGUAUGGGGAAAUUUUCCUCCGUAAUUGGGACAAACUUAUCAUUACAGUGAACAUUUGUAAACAACAUAAUAUACAUAGUAAAUAAAUGUGAAGGGCGAAUUUAAAAUUUGGCGAAAAAGGAUUUUUUAGUUGAAGGGCGAAAAUUCGACAAGACGAAUAUUGCUUGGUAUACAGUAUAAUGUAAACCAGAAACAAAAUACACGAAGCCACUUAGAGAAAUGUUUAAUGAAACAAAAAUACUAACGUUUGUUUUUAAUUCUUAAAAUAUUUAAAUAUUUUAAAGAUAUUAUAAAUAAUCCUUAAUGUAAUAAAAUUCUUUUUAAAGAUUCCUCCUUCCCCCUUCGACCGAAACGGAGGCAUGCAUCUCCCCAAACUAAAUUUUUGUUAUUGAAUUUGACAAAUUGUAUUGAAAGCUUAUUUCAUUUCCAAUUUGUUAUCUCUUAUUUUCUGUUGCUUUUGAACUUGUUAUGUUUUCAAAAACAUAGGUACGGGGUAAGACGUUGUUAAAUUAGUCACUCAAGAUUUUUAAUGAGUAUUGCAUCCGUUCAAUAGUAUAAAUGAAAUAAAAAUGAAAAAUAGUAAAUGUAUCCUAUCGGAGGAUGGUUGAAAUUAAAAGUCUAUUAUUAAUACCGAUGAAGAACAAAAAAAGCAACGCUUUGUAUAGAAACCGACAGAAAUUAAAUUACGUAAAUUUCAUUAAUCAUAAGCUAGCGAAAUGCAUUUUUGCAACCCUAGUUCUUGACGGGCGCUGACGUCAUAUUAACCUCCAUGGGUUUCAUUUAUCAAGGUGAUGUUUGUUUUAUUUUGUUUUUAACUUUCAUAUGCAGCCAACACUAGCACAUUACCUACACAUCGUGUGGUCACGUGACCGGACAGGAUGUACUAUUAACCCCUUUCGGCAAAAGUCACCCAGCGUUCCAUUCAAUCUUUUUUUGAAAUAUGAGCCCUAAAACCAAAAGCGGAGGUGGAAAAUGCAUAAAGACUACCAAUUGUUGUCAGCAAGGGUCAAUUUACGGCCGGUUAUUUAUUUUAUAAUGGAAGAGCAUUACUUUUGGAGAAGUGCCACCUCAUAUUGCGUGACCAUAAGGUUGUCUGAAACGGGCGAUAUUGAAAUUGUUAUUGUGUAUACUGAUGUAUCCAGUGCGCCAGGCCCGAAUUAUAUGUAUUAGAUGUAUAAGGAGUCCUAAUGUCCUGACUUUAAUUUCUUUUUGACAUUUAUCAUUUUAAUCAUUAACUUUACUGUCAGUCCUAAUACUUACAUUUAUCAUUUUAAUUAUUAACUAUACUGUCAGUCCUAAUACUUACACACUGAAAUUGUAGUUGAUUCAUUUUCUUUGGCUGCUUCAUUUUAGAUUGUGAUUCCCAACUGACUUUCAAAAUUCUUUUAAUUUUCUUACCAUUGUCAUUGAAUCGUCAGAUGCAACAUAAUAAUUAGGAAUCAAUAACAUUUAUCAGUUGGAAACUGGUUUUGUUUUCUUGGCAUGAUCAUAGCCUCGAUGAAUCAUUCUGAAAAGAAAACCAUGCCUUGUAGGAUUUUAAGAAAAUAAUAAAGAUGAAAUAAAAAAAGAUGAUCAAAAACAAAAAGUGUAAUGCUGUCACAUUAACCGACUGAGCUAUCGUGUCAACGGAAGUUUUUGGUCAUAAAUAGGGACGAAAACGUGGCGUAACGAUUUUAAAGCAAUCAUAAAAAAUAAUCUAUUUUACUAGUGUAAUGCCAUACUUUAUUGUUCAGUCGACAUAUUAAGUAACAUGUAAUUGUAUUCACGCAGUUUUGAAAACAAUUUAAAGCAGAAAAAAUGACAGAAAAAUAUUUAAAAGGUGCUUAAUUAAGUAUUAAACUGACAAUAUUAUUAAAUGCCCAGUAGUUGUGAUUCAAACGGACAUAAUCUGUAAUAAAAUGGUUAAAUAACCUCAACAAAUGACGAUUAAAAGUGUUAUUAUGUCUGGUCUGGAGUAAGCUAGGUGCCCUAUGGCAAACUAAUUCCUGUGCGAGGAUACAUGAUCCGAACAAAAUACUUUCACGUGUACAGUAAAUUCCUGUUACUCGCAAUGUGCUUUAUUUUUGUUUAAAGAAAUGAGAGCACAAUUGCUGUGAUUUAUUAGGUUUGCAUUUCUAGUCAAUAUUAUAUGACUCCAGCACUUACUCUUUGAAUGAAACGCAUGUGUGACUGCACCAAUUCAAAUUGGACUAAACUACUUGUGAAACAAAGCGGAGGGUGGACAAUAAGCCUUAAUCAUAUGAAUUUCAAAACUUGGAUGAUUAUUAUUUAAUUUGUGGUACACUUCUGUUCCUUUUCAAUGAAUUUGACCAGAAACAUUAAUGCUACACUUAACAAUAGCAGAUUAUUUGCCGAUAAUCAGCAGGACACUAUGGUAAACGAUACAUCUUCCCAGGCAUAUAUUGAUGGACACUGGCAGGUUUUCGUUUCGUUUUCCUAGUUCACGAUAUAUCAGAAGUAAUAAUUAUUCAUUUGGUACCCAACACAUUACACAUUACAAUACCAAUGUUAUUAUAAUAAAACAAACACAAGCAAAAUAUGAAAAAAAUAGUCAACACCAUGACGUCAUCGAAAAGUGUACAUUGUGCUACAAUGCACCUUUUUUAUGAACACACUUAUGGACAGCGGACGGGCACAGCAUCCACCACCGUGCUAGACAGAUUUAAAUUUUCGAAUUCUUUAAUUAGAAAAUCAAAAUUAAAUUCAAAUGAAAAGUAGAGCUUUGUAAACCAAGUAUUGUAGAAAAGUAUAACCAUUAUCGCUAUUUCAUAAUAGUAAAACAAAAUAUCACUAUACUUUUUAUUGUAGAAUGCUAUUGACAUUUAUUGCAAAAUAAUAUCAACAUUACUUGUAGAAAAAUAACAAUAUUUUCAACAUUAAUUUUGGAAAAGAAAUUAUUUUAUAAUAGAAAAUCCUAUAAAACAUUUGAAUAGUGUCAUCAAUUAUUGUAGAAGAAUGCCACUAUUUCCCGUAGAAAAAGUUAAAUAAUAUUAUCAGUAUCAAUAGCAGAAAUGCUCAACAAUUU